AUGCAGCUACUAAUCGGAACAUCACUGGUCAGCUCCCCGGCGAGCUGCAGGGCCUUGGCGCGUCGGAGUUUUGUCUCCCUUGUCAGGUGCUCUCCGGAGCGCCCUCACACAGCUGCACUUGCUCCCCGCCGAACCACGUUGCGCCACGCCCGACUCUACGCAACCGCAAGGCUCGAUCUGCCGGCUCUGGACCGAAAAUGGCGAGAAACUUGGUCGAAAUCCGAACCGAAACCUCACUCGGCCAAGAAUGAAACUCAAUUCGUCCUUCCCAUGUUCCCCUACCCCUCCGGUAACCUCCAUCUCGGCCAUCUUCGCGUCUACACGAUUGCCGAUGUCGUGGCUCGCUUCCGAAGGCUACAAGGUUACGAUGUGCUCCUGCCAAUGGGCUGGGAUGCCUUUGGUCUGCCCGCUGAGAAUGCCGCGCUAGCUCGAGGACUCCCGCCCGCCGGAUGGACGAAGGACAACAUUCAGAAGAUGAGAGAUCAAUUGCAGCACAUGAACGCCAGCUGGGACUGGGACAGGGAAAUAACAACGUGCGACCCCGAUUUCUACAAGCAUACCCAAAAGCUCUUCUUGAUGCUGCAUGAGCGUGGCCUUGCCUACCAGGCCGAGGCCGAAGUCAACUAUGACCCCGUCGAUAAGACUGUUGUCGCAAACGAGCAGGUAGAUGCCAAUGGCUGCUCUUGGAGAUCCGGAGCCAAGGUCGAGAAGCGAAGGCUUAAGCAAUGGUUCCUCCGCAUAUCGGAAUACCGAGAGGCGCUGCUCCGAGACCUCUCAAUUCUCGAAAAGAACAACGCCUGGCCUGAAAGAGUGCUGUCUAUGCAGAAGAAUUGGCUUGGAAAGUCGACCGGUGCUAUGGUCAAGUUUCCCAUCAUGGCCAUGGGACAUGACGUGCAUUCCUCCGUUGAGGUUUACACAACGCGCCCCGACACCUUGUUCGGCGUCCAGUAUAUUGCUCUAGCAUCCACGCAUCCUAUUGUCCAGAAACUCUCGAAAGUAGACCCUGAGUUGCAGGCCUUCUUGGACACAUUACCUGGUCUGCCGCCUGAUUCCAAGGUUGGCUAUCUUUUGCCGCAUAUCCGCGCCGUAAAUCCUCUUGCAUACCACGAGCAUACUCCCGACGCGACUAAGGAAUCACUCCCGGUUUAUGUUGCGCCUUACGUGCUCGGCGAUUACGGCGAGGGUGCCGUCAUGGGUGUACCGGCCCAUGAUGUCCGUGACCAUGCCUUCUGGAAACAGCAUCGAUAUGACGAACCCGUCCGCGUUGUCCUCGCCGCAUCGGAGGAUGAGUCCACGACGGCCCUUCCGAACGACCCCUUUGUCAAUCACGGUAUCAUGACGGCAGGCAGUGGCCCAUUUAAGGGGAAAUCCUCGGUUGAGGGUGGCAAGAUGCUCAUUGCCAUGCUGGAGGCCGCGCAUCUUGCGGCUCCAGUCGAGAAGUGGAGGCUUCGGGACUGGCUUAUCAGCCGUCAGAGGUAUUGGGGCGCACCGAUUCCCAUCGUUCACUGCGGUACCUGUGGUCCUGUUCCCGUGCCCGAAGAACAGCUGCCAGUUGAGCUUCCCGAGGUCGACAAUCAUUGGAAAGAAGGGAAACCCGGAAACCCUCUCGAGCAUGCCAGCGAUUGGGUGAACACCAGUUGUCCCAAGUGCAACGGGCCUGCCAAGAGAGACACGGACACGAUGGACACUUUUGUGGACUCAAGUUGGUACUUUGCUCGCUUCGCCGAUCCCAAGAACAAAGACCAGCUCUUCUCCAAGGAAGCGGCAGAGAAAUAUCUACCCGUCGGCACAUAUAUUGGCGGCAUUGAGCAUGCCAUCCUACACUUACUCUACUCUCGGUUCAUUUACAAAUUCCUAAGCACCACUCCCCUCUUCCCCAAUCCCCAAGAUCCAUCCGAGACGACUGCCGAGCCUUUUGCGCGACUCAUUACGCAGGGAAUGGUUCAAGGCAAGACGUAUUCCAACCCCGACACCGGAAUAUUCCUCACACCUGAUGAGCUCGACUUGUCGGACCCACAGACACCGAGGGUCAAGUCGACCGGUGCCGUUGCAAACAUGACGUAUGAAAAGAUGUCCAAAUCCAAACACAACGGGGUAGAUCCCACUGGGUUCAUUGGAAAAUACGGUGCCGAUGCCACUCGCGCCCACAUCCUCUUCCAAGCGCCUGUCAGCGAGGCCUUGAACUGGGAUGAGGAGAAGAUUUCUGGUGUCACCCGCUGGCUGUCCAGACUAUACAACUAUGUCGGUACACUGGAUAAACCCGACAGCAACGCGGUAGAUAUUUCGGCCAAGGGUUUCCUCGAGGAACAAUCGAAGAAGCUAGGGUCCAUGAGCGCCGAUGAGCUUGCUCAAUGGGAUACAGAUGCCCAAGUCUGGCGCGACGUGCAGAAGACGAUCUCCUCCGUGACCUCUUCAUAUAGCGAGGUCUAUGGGCUCAACACAGUUGUGUCGGAUCUCAUGAGCCUAACCAACACACUCGUCGAGAACGAAGCGAGCCCCGCCAUCCGGCGUGAGGGCCUCUCAGCUCUCCUCAAGAUGAUGGCACCCAUAGCUCCCGCCUUUACAGAAGAGUGCUGGAGCCAGCUCCACCCCUCGUCCGGCUCGAUCUUUUCCUCUGCCACUUUUCCGACCCCCGAUGGCACCCUGCCCCUGUUGCAGCCACGACAGCGAAAGUGCGCCGUGCAGAUCAAGGGCAAGCUGAGAGCCGUCGUCGAGAUCCCGCCUCCACCGGCGGAUCUUAAAGAUGACGCGCUCAAGGAGUGGAUCGUUGAGGAGAUCUUGAAGACGGAGGAGGGAGCGGCUAAGUUGUCUGGGGGUGCGUCUGAUAUUAGGACAGCGAAGAGGGUUAUUGUUGACGAGGCGGAUAGACCUGGUGGUUUUGAGCAGACAGGCUUGCAUCGCGAGAGGAGUUGGCACAAUAUAUCCAUGAUUUCUUAUACAGAAUUAUACGAGCUCCUUGCAAAACCUGGAGGAUAG